AUGACUUAUAAAGUCAGCUCCAAUAAGCGGGUUCGUUACGUUGGCGAUCACGAAGCACCAGUCACCAGGGAUGGCUACAACGUGCACAGACACGAUCGCCAGCGAGACAAUGGUGGUGGCCUAGCGUUUAUAGUCCACCACACAGUGCAGUAUCGUCUCAUCGAUGAAGGAAUCGACCGCAGGGACAGCACCUUAGAAUGUCAAGGCAUAGCUGUCCGGUCAGGCGAUUCCGAGCUCGAAAUUUUUAACGUAUAUAUACCCCCUGUCACCUGCUGCCCGGCAGGAUAUCACCCUGAUAUAGGUGCGCUCAUCAGAGGUGAAAACCGAUUGGUUGUAGGUGACUUUAAUGCGCAUCACGAUCUUUGGCAUUCAAGCCUGCCAAAUGAUCGUAGGGGACAGCAAUUGGCAGAGCAGAUAGACGACUCGACAUUCAGCACUGUGAACGACGACGCCCCCACCAGGGUAGUGGGCAAUGGCAGCAGCUCGCCUGACCUAACAAUAGCUAGCGCAGGCCUGAUAAAUAGCAUAACGUGGCGACCUAUGCUAUCGCUUGCAUCAGACCACUUGCCCAUUAUCGUCUCGAUUGAGAGACCUGCCGACUUUGUUUCCGCGAAUCACCGGUCCUAUUUUAACUUUAAAAAAGCUAAUUGGACCGGCUUCACGGAAUUCACCGAGGACACCUUCGCCGCUCUUCCCAUCCCCACUGAUGUGCGCGUGGGCGAACGCGCAUUCCGCAAGGUGCUCACAGCUGCUGCGGCUCGCUUCAUCCCAGCUGGAAGUUAUAAGGACAUCCGUCCUCAUUUCCCAGCAGAAGCAGCCAGUUUAGCGAACGAGCGUGACCACCUACGCCAGGCCGAUCCCGGGGAUCCCCGCAUAAGGGAUCUCAAUUUGGAGAUCCGGCAACUGGUAAAUCAACAUAAGCGGACUAAAUGGGUUGAGCACCUGAAGACUUGUAACCUCACCUCCGGUGUGAGUAAGCUCUGGUCCACCGUUAGGUCCCUGUCGAACCCGACGAAACACAACGACAAGGUGGCUAUCACCUUCAACGGUUGUACUUCGUCGGACCCGAAGAGAUGCGCGAGCUAUUUUAGCCGGCUCUUUAGGCGAGUGGCCCCAAAAGAUACGCCAAAGCCGAGUCCAGCCGGAUCUUCAUCCGAAGAAGACCAUGAUAUGUGUUUGGUGGAACUGGGAGGGAAUGGUGCACUGGGAAAUGCUCGAAACGAUGCGACGGUUAAUCAGGACCACUACAUUGUCCAGCUAAACUGCGUGAAUGAGGCUAUUCAACUGAAGAGACCUGAUCGACAUGGUUUGUUUGAAUAG